AUGUCCUGGCCUCAAAUGGAUGGAUUCACCACGGAUCCGCAGCACACGGUGCUCGGGUCCAGCGAGCAUUCCGCAGGCCAGCAACCUCAACAGCAAUACUCGCACGCUUUUGACCAGCCGAUACUUUCCCCAAGCGCAUUCACCAACACCUUCGGUCUCAGUACCGUGCCUUUUCCACAGAGCGCGCCUCAAUUCGCUCUGGGCCAGCAAGGCUCGCCAACCUUUGCGACACCUUCCUUCUACGAGCCAAGCUCUUCGAGGUCUGUUCAGCACAAUUACGUCCCUCAUUCUCCCGCUCAGACGCAGCCUUCGCCUCAAAUUGCUCCAGAACAUCGAGAGAUCGUGGUUGCAACAGCAGGCAACAAAGGCAUCGCCAUCGUUCCUCAAAGCAGCGAAUGGACCUCUACUAGGCCAAAGAGAGCCACAUCACCGCGAUCGCGCAACGCGGUUCGCAAUCUCACCCGCGGCUUUCCGACAUCGAUGAGCAACAUUGCACUGUCCACACCACCAGCCAACAGGCCGAGUCAUUUGCACUCGCCGUCUGGCGAGUACGGAAUGUCCUCGCCGACGCCGGCGCAUCCUUCCAUGAUGUCGCCCAGCGGCCCAGCUGCUCCGGGGGGUAGCUCUGCUGUGGGCCACGUUGGUCUUGAUUCAGCAGUUUCCGGCAGAGACAGCUCUAUGGGUGGCGCCUACACCCAUUCGACUGGUGCAGCAUCUUCUUUCCGCCCCUUGCGCCCCGCUGGUCUCCUUCAACGUCCUGUUGGUCCAGUCUACGUCCACCAAUACAACACAUUCACUGGAGAUGCCGGUACUCCAUGUGAGGUCAUCGUCAACGUCGAUGUGGCCUGGGCGCGCAACGUUGGACUGCUCGUGGGCGGCUCGCGGAUCGGAGAUGGCACCACCUCGAUAGGUACCAGCACUCCGGCUCAGACCCGACUGCUCCUGGUGUUUGGCUCUUGCGUCGUAGAAACACAAGCGACGCGCUUGAACACCAGUGAGGCGAUCUCAUCCCCGGCAUCCGCAAGGUCGGAAGAUCUAGAGAUUCACCUAUCGGGGUCUGCGCCAAGCUUUUAUGAUACACGUUGGAGUACAUCAAGAGUGACCUUGCACGUCCGAGCGCACAUCGAUAUCACGGAUCAAGCUUCGCCUUUGAGUGCAGCUGAUGCUCUCUGUGUCAGUGGCAUCGACGUCGCCGAUUUCAUCUAUCCGCCAUCGUCACCACGCGACACUUGGCGACGCGACGCGGAGCAUCGCGAUGAACCUACCGGGCUCAGACGUCCCGCAAGCUUCCCCGCAUUGGUUGGGUCUUUCGACCAUCAGGUCCCAUCGUCCAUCGGGAAAGCACCUUCGCAACGCUCAAUCAGUCAUCGGAACUUGAGUCGCAUGGGAGAGGUCGGGUUAGCACGCACAGGCGCUGCGCCGUUCGCUCCUCAACAUCGACCCACUCUGUCUUCCUCAUCGGCUGGACAACUGAGCGACGCAAGCACCUUCGAGAAUGGCGGCGUGAUGGGUAAGCACUUGCCGUAUUGUCCGCCGAAUUGGUCCAAUAACCCCCUUCGCCGCAAUAGUAUUCCCAUUGGUGGUGGCGUCAGUGAGCUCGCCGCAGACGCUGCCCACCACACGACCUCCGACCCGCCAUCUGUCAGCUCCGCCACCGAGCAUCUACCUUCGCUGAUUCGUACCCCUACACACGCCUCACCUCGCACAAAACUUCCCAGUCUAUCGCUUCGCGGUACCAGUACUUCGUCCGCUGCGCAAGCGUCAUCGCCAUCGAGAGGUCCUGACUCGUCUUCGUCAUCAGGCUCGCCACGUGGGGGACCGUCGCAGCUUCGCGCCAAUCUCGAGAUACAGAGUGAUCUCAACGGUCUAGCCAUUGGGUGGUCACAUGCUGAAUGGCAGACCGGACGCCGUCUGAUUCAAUUUUGGCGCCGUCAAGAGGGCACGACGAUCAUGACCUACUGCAAAGCGAUCCACCCGCACGAGUAUAAGUCGAGCUCGAUAGUGGUGUCCUGCAUCUUCCGCGCGGACAACAACAAGUGCUACAUUACGAGCGUCGACACCAUCUACCUCCUCGAAGCUUUGGUCGGUACCAAGUUCACCGUUGAAGAGAAGAACCGCAUUCGUCGGAACUUGGAGGGUUUCCGUCCUCAGACAAUCUCAAAGAGCACGCGCAACAAGGAAGAGAGCAUCGCCUUCUUCCAGCUCAUCAUGUCAUUCCCGAACCCCAAACCUCGUAAUAUUGAGAAGGAUGUCAAGGUAUUCGCUUGGGACCAGCUCGCCAACAUGUUGAAGAAGAUCAUAAGCAAGUACUCGGCGUGUAGCUCUCCCGUGCUGGAAGGCGGUGUCAUGAGUGCUCCGCAGAUGCAUGCUCGCAACGUCAGCAUCAGUAGCACCGGAAGCAUCAAGUCGAAUCCUACUCCACCUUCCACGAAGAUGGAAAUGGGGAGCACCGACAGCGGGCUUAGCAUGAUGCCACCCACGGGUCAACACCACUACCAAUCACCGGGAGUGGCGGGCCUAGGCGAUUAUCAGUCUCUAUGGACUGGUACCGCUCCGUCCCCUUCUCACCCUCAUUCGCAAUCCCACGGCUUAUUUCACGGUGCUCCGCGGGGAGGUUACACGAAUGACUACAUCACCUCACCCAUGAACUACAACAACCAGCCUCUCCAUGGCGGAUUCGGAGCCCACGUGGGCAGCGGUGGUCCACACUCGGAAUUUGUUGCUUCCAACGGACCCAGCCUCAUGGGUUUCCACCAACAACAGCACGAUCCGCACUCAGUCCAGAUCCCACCCAUAUCGUCCUUCUCUCCGAACAUGAACGUAGGGUCGCUCGGUAUGAGCUUUGGGCAGUCUCACGCUGCACACCACUCUCACCAGCAUUGA